UCGUUCCACACGAGCCCGUACUGCAUAGUGAAGUAGGUAUGGAUUCUGAUUUUCUAGUUCAGAGGGUUCGUCGUGUUCCACUUUCACAGAGUAAACCCGAGUCUACCACAGACAGACAAGAAGAAAUUCGACAUGCGGGAGUUCAGAAAGAAUUGGGAAAUAAAGUACGACCAGCCCUUUUAGAGGAGGGACUUACUGCACUAAUAUUGCUAUUGUAUUUCAUGCUGCUUUGGCUUGUGGUUCAAUUGUCUAUGCAGAACCUGCUUGUCAGCAGCCCGUCUCCAGAUUUCAAUGCAUCCCGGGCCAGGUCCUACCUAGAACAUAUAACUGGUAUUGGUCCACGACCAGUUGGGAGUCCUACAAAUGAAAUUGUCACAGUGAACUACCUCUUAGAGCAGAUAAAUGCAAUACAAGCAAAAAGUAGUGAAGCGCAUGUAAUUUCAGUAGAUGUACAAAGGCCCACUGGUUCCUUCAACAUGGAAUUUCUUUCAAGUUUCAGCAGUUACUAUGACAAUAUAACGAAUGUUGUUGUGAAGUUGGAGCCACGCAGUGGAGCAAAACAUGCUGUGUUGGCAAACUGCCAUUUUGACUCUGUGGCUAAUACUGUGGGGGCCAGUGAUGAUGCAGUCAGCUGUUCAGUUAUGCUGGAAGUUUUGCAUUCACUCGCCAGCUCAUCUGAUUUUCUCCAGCAUGCUGUCAUAUUCCUUUUUAAUGGAGCAGAGGAAAACAUUUUGCAGGCUAGCCAUGGCUUCAUUACACAACACCCGUGGGCCAGUUUGAUUCGUGCUUUCAUUAACCUGGAGGCUGCAGGAGUUGGCGGAAGAGAGCUAGUUUUUCAGACAGGUCCAGAGAAUCCGUGGUUGGUGCAGGCAUAUGUUCAUGCAGCAAAACAUCCCUUUGCUUCUGUUGUUGGCCAAGAGGUUUUUCAGAGUGGUGUUAUACCAUCAGACACUGAUUUCCGUAUAUACAGAGACUUUGGCAACAUCCCAGGAAUCGAUCUAGCCUUUAUUGAGAAUGGCUACAUUUACCAUACCAAAUAUGACACACCAGACCGAAUUCUAACAGAUUCUAUUCAGAGAGCAGGUGACAAUAUUUUGUCGGUGUUAAAGUACCUGGCAACAUCUGAUAACCUGGCUGACCCAUCUGAGUAUCGCCAUGGCAACAUGGUUUUCUUUGAUGUGCUAGGUUUGUUAGUUGUGGCCUAUCCUGCUCGAGUGGGUCUCAUAUUGAACAGCAUAGUGGUGGCUGCCGUACUACUCUACCUGGGAAAGAAGUGUUUACAGCAUAAUGCUAAACGUGUUAAUUACUUGAAAGAUCUCAUAAUUGCCGUUGGUAUCUUCCUGGUCAGCAUAAUUAGCACCCUGGUGACUGUCCUAAUUGUAGCAGCCUUGGUGUCCCUUGUUGGGCAGUCCUUAUCUUGGUAUAGCCAUUUUGGAGUUGCAGUGUGUCUUUAUGGAGCAGCAGCAGUGGCUAAACUAAUACUUAUCCACACACUGGCCAAAAAUCUCUAUUAUAUAAACAUGAAUCCAAACCAUCUUGGGGUGUUGUACUUUGAUGCUUCGCUGGCUUUGUGGUGCAUAGCUCUGGUCCUCCUCACCUCGGCAGGCAUUUGUUCUGCAUAUGUUACUGCAUUAUGGGUUGCAUUUCCUCUUGUCACAGAGCUGCUAGUCCAAGCUGAAUUAAAAACAAGAGGUGCUACGUUGAAGUUUCUCCUUGUAUACCUGCUUGGAAUGUUUAUGCCAUGUGUCCACACGAUUUACCUCUUAUGGUUUGCCUUCGAAAUGUUUGUACCCAUUUUGGGGAGAAGUGGUACAGAAAUUCCGCCCGACAUGGUGCUAGCAGUUCUGUUUGCCCUGUGCACUACUAUCCUGACUUCCUAUUUUGUAAGCUUCAUCUACUUCUGUAAGAGCACAAAAAAUGUAGUUCUGGCUUUGGCAUCGGUGUGUGUGGUAACACUGAUUCUGGUUUGCUGUGGAGCAUUUUUCCCAUACAAUCCUGACCUUGCAAGUCCAAAACCAAAGCGAAUUUUCCUGCAGCAUACAACUAGAACUUUUCAUGACCUAAAUGGUGACAUCAUUAAACAAGACUCUGGGAUUUGGAUCAAUGGUUUUGACUAUACUGGGAUGUCUCAUGUAACUCCUCAUAUCCCUGAGAUCAAUGAUACAAUUAGAGCUCCCUGUGAGAAAGCUCCAUUCUGCGGAUUUCCUUGGUACUUUCCAGUACAUUUCUUUAUAAAGAAAAACUGGUACUUGCCUACUGAAGCUGUUUCACCACGGGCACAUGCUAAUUUCAGAUUGCUGUCUAAUGAAAAGCUGCCUUGGGAUUCAACAAGGUUGACAUUUGAAAUUACAGGACCUACCCACAUGACAUUAUAUAUUGCUCCAUGUGAUGGAUGUACACUUUCCAGCUGGUCAGUUGGAAAUGGAAAACCCUUACCCAGCACUGAUGAGCAUUUUGUGUUCUACUCUCGUGGAUUGCAUGGGUCUCCAUGGCAGUUUUGGAUGGAGAUACAGGCUUCUGGCUCGCAUAGUGAUGGAAUUGUUACUGUUGCUGUAGCAGCCCAUCAUUUCUCUGGUGAAUUUCAGAUGACAUCUCAGCUUGAUGCGCUUUUGAAGAAGUUUCCAGAUUGGUCAUUUCCUUCUGGUUGGGUCAGCGUGUAUGACCUGUUUGUAUUUUAGGAACUCAUAAUCAGUAGACACAAGACAUUUGUCUACAUAAACUAAUUUGCUUGCACUUACAGGUUUUUUGGGGAAAAUGUGCCAAAGACUGUUGUAAAUUUAUAGAACUCCUAUGAAACCUGCAACUGCAGCUUCUAAACUAUGCAAAAGUUUUGAAAAUUACAAUAGUCAUUCAGAAAGGUAGAUGGUGACAGAUGGUAAUGUGCAGUACUGUUUUAUAAUUUGUGUUUCUACUUGAAUACGUCAUUUGUGAAUUAUUACUAGUUGUGUGUGCUGUGUUUUAGACUGGUAUAUAACUGUGAUUAGAGAUUGUGGACUUCAUAAAACAUUUCUUGGCAGAUUUUUUCUUCUGAAUUCCUUUUGCGUUCAUUACAACUAUAACUUUGUUAGCUAUUAUGCAGUUUGGUUAUGAUUAAGCACAGCACUCCAGAGGAAAACAGAAUGCAGUAUAUUUAUGGUUGGGAAAUGCAACAUGUUUUACAAAUAAACACUGGUUCAAUACUGA